CGGACUUCCUGCGGCCGGCACUCUCCGGACAACUUCUGCCACCGACCAACUUUCAAAUUUCAUCUCCCGCAGCACAGACAGUACUUUGAGACAUAGCGCUGCUGUUUUACUCACCUUGUAAUUUGAAUCAAAAAACGCUUUUAUAGAGUCACAUUGGAUUCUUGUGUCGCUUCAGGUAGCCCCGUCCUGCUAUCAAUCGCAUUAAUAAGCCACCUGACUCACGGUGUUCGGGCGAUUGAACGUAUAUAUACAAGUCACUCCACCCUAUCAAAAACAUGCACUCACCGCUCAUGCAUAACUGUCCAGAUACAACUCUUCAUCACUACAAGUCUUAAACACAAGAUGCUCAAAAAGCCUCCCUAACCAAGUUUCAAAUUUGGUUUCUUGCGGCAUUUCAAACCCGCGGUACACGGUGCUUCAAAACAUUAGUCGCUCUGAAUAUCUGGAUCAGAUGAAAAGCUUGGACAAUGGAUGAGAACAAGUGCAGAAAUCGAGGGUGACUUCAACCUUCUCUUCUCCGACUCGUCUCGCCUUCUGACACUUUGGCAUGGCCGACCAACUCACUGGAAAUUAAACAUCGCCUCUCCUCGCUCCUCGCUCCUGGGUAUUCUUACUUCAUCACCUUCCGAGCAUCCAUCAGUGAAGUGCCGCUCCUCCGCUUACCUAUUUACACCAUGUUACGCCGCCAACAAUGGAGAGCUCGAGACUUUGCGUUCAUCCAGAAAAGAUGUCGAGGAGUUGUUACAAGAAUUGGAUAUCUCUGGGGAAGAGCGCAGUCAAUUUUUCAAGUCCAUUGCUGAUGCAUUCAUACAAUCUGGCCAGCCGUACGGAAACUGCUUAUCAUCACACGCUUCUUACGUUUCUUCAUCACCAUCCUCUUCCCAAUCUGCAGCGAUCAAUGCCAUAGCCUUGGCGUUGUGCUCACCCACCUCGUUCGACUUUGAUCCAUUGUUCAAGUUGGACGCUGUUGUCUCUGCGAAAGAUCAUGAGGCUUUCUCGCUUCUGCAGGUGUUUUUGAAUAGUGGUCUACCAGAAUUACAUUCACCGCUCGAAAGCCAUCCCGCUAUUCUCGAAAAAUAUGCGGCGGAUCUGUCUUCUGUCAUUGUGUCACUGUUCUCACACAUCGGGCAUGACCUGCCGUAUUCAGAGGUCGCGUCAAUCCAGCAGAUUGAAUUGAGUAAAGUAGAGAAGUGGGCGAUCGAUG